CUUGCUUCAAGUUUCAACUGAGCAACUGCUAAAACCCCACAUCCGUUGGGACGAGAAAGCAACGGCCUCGUGCUUUCCGGUUUCUCUGUUGUCGGUGCACGGAUCUGCUCCGUUUCCCCCCAUCUCGAGAUCGGGCGUUCUCCACCGUCCGAUCUCCCGCCAUUUCUCCGAUCCGAUUUUCUCAAUUCUCCUGAUAGCUGAUAGCUCCAAUGGGAACAAACAGUCAAAGUUGGUAUAAGGAAUUAAACUAUGACGAGUGGGUAGCACUCCCCGUGUCCGGUCAGCGCCCUGCCGCUCGGUACAAGCAUGCUGCCACAGUACUUGAUGAGAACUUAUAUGUUACGGGUGGAAGUCGCAACGGGAGAUAUUUAUCUGAUUUUCAGGUAUUUGAUCUGAAAAAUUUGACAUGGUCUACUAUAAAAGUAAACAUGGAGGCCAAUGAUGUGGAAAGUAAAGGUGGUAGCCGAUUGGAAGUUUUUCCUGCAAUCUCUGGUCACAGUAUGAUCAAGUGGGGAAAGAGACUUCUCCUUCUUGCUGGUCUCUCGAAAAAUAUGUCUGACAGGGUGACAGUACGGUUCAUUGAUCCUGAAUCGCACAAUUGCAUUGUUGUAGAGACCUUUGGAAAUGUUCCGGUAGCUCGCAGUGGACAAUCUGUCACACUGUUUGGUUCUAAACUUAUCAUGUUUGGUGGAGAGGACUGGAAUAGACGACUGUUAAAUGAUGUUCACGUUCUCGAUUUGGAGACAAUGACAUGGAGUGCUAUUGAGACUACGCAGACACCUCCAGCCCCCAGAUUUGAUCACAUAGCUGCACUGCAUGCUGAACGAUACCUUUUUAUCUUUGGUGGAUGCUCUCAUUCUGUCUUUUUCAAUGACAUCCAUGUGCUGGAUUUGGAAACGAUGGAAUGGUCCCAACCACAAAUGCAGGGUGAUCUGGUGAAUGCCAGGGCGGGUCAUGCUGGUGUUGUAGUUGAUGGAAACUGGUUUGUAGUUGGCGGUGGAGAUAAUAAAAGUGGUGCCCUUGAAACCGUUGUUAUAAACAUGUCUAAGCUUGUUGUAUCAGUGCUGACUAGUGUAAAAGGAAGAGAUCCACUAGCUAGUGAGGGAAUCAGCAUUUCAUCUGCUUCACUAGGUGGUGAGAGUUUCCUGGUUACUUUUGGUGGCUACAAUGGGAAGUACUACAACGAGGUGUUUGUUAUGAGGGUCAAACCAAGGGACUCUUUACAUCCUAAGAUACUGCAAUCACCAGCAGCUGCUGCUGCUGCAGCUUCUGUUACUGCUGCAUUUGCCAUAGCAAAUCCUGAAACGGUUGAUUUCGCUGAUAAAGAAGAUUCAAACUCUAAGGUAAUCCCAGUGGAUACCUAUCAGCAAAAUCUUUCGGCAGAAAUUGAUUCAAUCAGAGAAGAAAAGAAGGCUUUGGAAUUAUCACUCAGUGAGUUCACAGCCGAGACCUCCGCUCUCAGGACUAAGCUCGAAGAAGCAAAUGGAAAUUAUGCUGAGUUGUCCAAGGAGUUACAUUCAGUGCAAGGACAGCUUGCUGCUGAGAGAUCAAGAUGCACCAAACUUGAGGCACAAAUAGGUGAGUUAAGGAAGAUGCUUGAAUCGAUGCCAUCAUUAGAACAAGAGGUUCAAGCUCUUAGGACAGAAAAAUCUGCAUUUGAACGUGAUAUCGAGAUUUCUACACAAGUCCAGAGGCAGCGGUCUGGUGGCAUUUGGAAGUGGGCUACUGGGUAAAACGUGAAGUUAUACAAAGGUCAGUGGCCAGCAUACUCUCCUAGAACUGGAAUACAAUGUGUUGAUCCCACCGGAAUAUUCCCUGGAAACGGCAUAACCUUUACUUGGGUCGAUAUACUUGCUACUGUGAAUUUUAAAGUGCUUUCUGCUCUUGUACAAUUUUGGGGCAUAGAAAGCUAGAUAAAAAACAAAAAAAAAAAAAAAAAGGAAAAGAAAAAACCAAAUUUGUCUAUUUAAGCGUUGUUCUUCACCUCAUCGGUUUGACAUUUUUUUUCUUCUUGAAUUAGUUUUUAAGAAUAAAUUACUUUGCUGUUUCAUGUAAUCAUAGGGCAUAUGUAUUUUGGUUUAUUCCUUAAUUAUUUAUU